ACGUCUCUCCUAGUCGUCAUUCCUUGAAAGAACUCAAAGAACACAAAAAAAAAAGAGUAGAAGCGGUUUUUCUUAACAGACUUUACACUUGGCGCGUACGAAAAAAAAAAAAAAACGUGGAAGGCUGGCAUAGUCUUCAGACCACGUCUGCUGUCCCUUCUAGUUACAUGGCGAUGAUCAAGUUGAACGGACGCUGUUGAAGUGCACAGUUUUCGCUUUUCAAAACUGUACCUGUUUUUUUCUUUGAACGGUGGUGUGUGUGUGUGUGUGUGUGUGUGUGUGUGUUUUGCCAGCGCAAUCGGCUCCGACUAUUUCAACCCUCACCCACCGAAAACGAAAUUUCAAGUGCCAAAAUCUUGCGUCGUGUGUGGGCUCUCGGUAUCGAUAAUUAACGUGACGAUUCUGAAUUUAAAAACUUUAUUGCGCUAUGUGGUCGUUGUAUUCAUCGAGAGCUUUCGUGAUCUUAGUGAUGAUGAUUGUUAGCGUUUCGGGAACUUUGCCGUUCGGCAAUCGAAACGGUGAAUCGGGUUUUAGCAGUGGUGGAGAGCGCAACAAUCCACGUCUUCCUGUUAGUCCGGAAGCUUACAUGUCCAGCCCUGAAAUCAUCAUUUAUCGAGGAUAUCCCGUGGAGCUGCACACAGUGUUGACCGAAGAUGGAUACCUAUUAGGCAUCCAUCGAAUUCCGUACGGAAGGACGGCAAUGUCCCGACAAAAGGGACCCAAACGACCCGUCUUCCUGCAGCACGGGCUUCUUAACAGUGAUGCUGAUUGGCUUAUCAAUCCGACUGAUAGAGCGUUGGCAUUUAUACUGGCGGAUCGCGGCUAUGAUGUGUGGCUGGGCAACGCGCGAGGCAACGCUUAUUCCAAGAGGCACGUCAGCCUCGACGUCAACGAGGAGGAAUUCUGGGACUUUUCGUGGGAUGAGAUUGGACGUUACGACAUCCCAGCCUGCAUUCAUUACGUUCUGAGGAAGACUGGCAGUCGGAAGCUGACGUAUAUUGGCCAUUCAAUGGGUACGGCGGUUUUCUGGGUGGCCAUGAUCACCAACCCCGAAUUGAAUAAAAAAGUAGAAGUGAUGAUGGCUCUUGCACCAGCCGCCUCUGUGGCCAACGUGAAGAGUUUCGUCCGAUUAUCGGCCGCCUUCGUCGAUCCCAUUGAAAGUUUCCUUCGGCUAAUUCGGACGCGGGCAUUCUUGCCUAACACGGGCAUCCACCGGCGAAUCCGUGAGGUGUUUUGCGAGCGAACGCUCAAGGAGGCGACGUUGUGCCGCAAUCUGAUUUUUCUCAUUGCCGGUGCCGACCCGCACAAUUUCAACAUUACGGCCCUGCCAGUCAUUUCGGGACACAAUCCGUCUGGCACGUCUGUCAGGACAGUAUCGCAGUUUGCCAAAAGCUUCAAUUUGGGACAAACAUUCACCCGAUACGAUUACGGACCUCAGGGCAAUUUCGAACAUUACGGACAAGGAGUACCACCCGAAUACGAUUUAAAUCUUGUCACGGCACCGGUCUACUUAUUUUGGGGUGAAAACGAUCUGUUAACAACACCAGAAGACGUUGCUUGGUUGGCUUCGAAAUUGCCAAAUCUGAAAGCAUCGAUUCGUGUUGACUACCCGCUAUUUAAUCAUUGGGACUUUCUCUGGUCGGUGAAUGUGAACGAGCUUCUCUACAAUCGUCUUCUCACCUUGUUGCCUCCGCCUUAUUACGCGGAGACUAGUCAUAAUAUAGCACUGCCAAUAAAUACGACUAGGAUUGCCAGAGGGUAACGGGACACAAAUAAGGUCAGCAGGUCCCGCGUCGCAACUGAUGCGCAGCGGGCCAUCAUUUGAACUCGUGAAUCAUGCAACUAACACACAAACUCGUACAAUCAUGUUCCGCAUUAUAAAUAAUCAAGCAUUGAUACAUAAAACCGUAUGCGACGGAUAUAUAUAUAUUCAUAAAUUGCAAAAAAAAAAAAAAAAAAAAAAAAAAAACUUUCAAGUGUGAACAGCGUAAUUUCUGUGACAUGGACAAUUUAAAGAUUGCCUCCGAACUGCCAAUC